AUGUUCAUCUUCCUGUUUAUGGAAGCUACCAGAGACGAUCGCGACAUCGCCGCGACCAUAGACAUCGUGGUCUUCUGCACGUGCAUAUCGCUUCUGGUCAUAAAGUGCGUCUCUAUUACUGUCAACCGUGAGAAACUGGCCAGAAACAUUCGCGCCGCGAUCAACGACUGGUCGUCCGUGGUCAAGGAUGAGGAUUCUCUCGAGAUCAUGAAGAAAAACGCCUUUAAAACCAGAAGAUUCACAUUAAUUUUAACGUGGUCGAUAGUCGCGCCUAGUGUUCUUUAUAUAUUUGGAAUCGUUUACGUGAAUCUGAAACAAGCGCUUUUGCUAGCGGAUCUGAAUGCAACGGAAGGAGAUAACAUCACAAUAAACUGGAUGUUCCUCAUACCGUCUGGCAUGCUGGGUAGCAGAGUUACCGGACCGCAGUACGCAAUGAUAUUCACAGUUCAAAUUUUUCAAAUAGCUGUGAUAUGUUUGUCCCAAUUGGUUUCGGAACCUUUUUACAUCAACGUCACCCUACAUCUGGCCGGACAGCUCGGUAUACUCAAACGAAAAUUCGAGAAUCUUGCGAACAAACCGGACACAGUGACAAAUCGUCGGAAACAAUUGGCGAGUCUGGUCGACCGACAUUGCGAGUUGACGGAACUCAACGAAAACUUGGAGGAUACGUUUCAUUUGAUUAUAUUUUUUCAAAUCGUUUUGGCCGGGCUUUUGCUCUCAAUAACAGGUUUACGCAUAGAGUUUUGCAUAAGAACCAACAAUUACUUCGAACUAACGAAGAGCAUUCUGGUUAUGAAUUUUUGUUUUCUUCAAUCGAUGAUGUACUCGUACGGGGGUGAAUUCGUUCAAGCUGGAAGCGAGGAUAUAUUUCACGCCAUGUUUAAGAAUUCCUGGUUCACUCUUCCGGCGACGUUGAUGAAGGAUCUGCGCUUCGCGAUGAUGAGGUCGAGUAAUCCGUUUCGUCUGACCGGCGGGAAAUUGUUCUACACCAAUCGCGAGACGAUAGUUUUCUUACUCAGACGAACGGUUUCGUACAUAUCGGUUUUGCGAAUAGCUCUGGGAGAUUAA